AUGCAACUGAACGCAUCAAGGAUCAAAGUUCUUCAAGCACUAGACGACAUUAUCAAUGCAAUGAAAGAAGAGGCUGAAAAGCAACUCCUCAAAGUCAGCGAACAUGGCUUCUUCAACCAUCAUCACCAUCAGUAUAAACAUCUCUUCAAACACCUCAUUGUUCAUACUGAAAGAGACGUCGGUGUUACUGCGUUGUUGCAAGAAAAAACUUACCAAAACCAGGAUGGAAAAUUUAGCUAUGGAUAUGCAAGCUCAGCUGGGAAGAGAUCAUCCAUGGAAGACUUCUUCGAGACUAGGAUCGACGGUGUCAAUGGAGAAAUCGUUGGUCUUUUUGGAGUCUUUGAUGGCCAUGGUGGAGCUGCAGCAGCUGAGUACUUGAAGCGUCAUCUUUUCAGCAAUCUUAUCGCUCAUCCUAGCUUCAUUUCUGACACCAAAUCUGCUAUAGCUGAUGCCUAUAACCAUACAGACUCUGAACUUCUCAAGUCAGAGAACAACCACACUACAGACGCUGGUUCCACUGCCUCUACUGCUAUUCUCGUUCGUGAUCGUUUACUUGUUGCUAACGUUGGUGACUCCAGAGCUGUUAUCUGUAGAGCCGGAACUGCCUUUGCUGUGUCAAGAGACCAUAAACCUGACCAAAGCGAUGAGCGUGAACGCAUUGAGAAUGCUGGUGGUUUUGUCAUGUGGGCUGGGACUUGGAGAGUUGGAGGAGUUCUUGCAGUUUCUCGCUCUUUUGGUGAUCGGCUUCUGAAAGAGUAUGUUAUUGCCGACCCAGAGAUUCAGGAAGAGAAGAUUGAUGAUUCUCUUGAGUUUCUGAUCCUUGCCAGCGAUGGACUAUGGGAUGUUUUCUCCAAUGAGGAAGCUGUUGCAGUGGUGAAAGAGGUUGAAGAACCAGAGGAGUCAACCAAGAAACUUGUGGGAGAAGCAAUAAAGAGAGGAAGUUCUGACAAUAUCACAUGUGUAGUUGUUCGUUUUCUGGAGAGCAAGACUGGUAAUACCAAAGCUUCUAACAUGUCCUCAUCAGAUGCCAGCUCAUCCCAGGAAGCAACCAAAGGUGAAACCGCAGUUAAUAGUGACACAGAACACAAGAUAUCAGCCAAUGAAACCAAUCAAGACCAAACCGCAGAUAAAAAUGACUCAGAUACAAAAUCUCAGCCAAAGAAACCAAUCAAGACCAGACCGCUGAACACAGGGACCUGAACCGUAAUGCUGAAAAUGAAAGCCUGAAGCAAAAGCAAGUUGCGGUUACAGAAGCAGGAAGCAGCGUUUCUUCUGAACAGAGUUGCUCAGCCGGUGAAAAGAAUCAAGUUCUAAGCGUAAUUCACAGCGACUCAGAGCCUAAGAGCUCCUCCAAGAAACCUGCUCAAGGGCACAUCACAGUGCACAACAAUAUGGACCGGAGUGUUACUGAUCAGACACCGGUCGCAGGUGGCCAAAAGGAGACUGCAGCAACCCACACCACUUCCUCAGAACAUAGCGGAUCACUAGGUGAAAAGAAUCAAAAGCCAACCGCAGUUCACAGCAACUCCACCACAUGCAAUGCAAGUGGCGAUCACUCUUAUCACUAAACUAAAAUGUCUCGAGAUUUUGUAUCGACUAACUUCUCUGAUGGAAGUAAGUUUCUUUCUUUUCCUGUCUUUUUUUCCCUUUUGGAGGUUCAAAUUUGAAUUAUGUAAUUUUUCUUCUGCCUUGUGCAAAACUUGUAAAUCGUAUAAAUUUGUUACAA